CAAGUACUUGCAGAGGAGGGAUUGGUUGAGGAUGAGUGAGCAGCACAGGUGUGACCUGAUUAGCUCAUGCUCAGUAUGGAGGAGACAGGUUUGUGUCCUGAUGGAGGUAUAGUUCUUGUGAGGAAUGAGAUGGAAGAAGGUGAAGGUACAGCCAUCAUAUCAUAAAACUGUCCGCUGGGUAAAUUAUAUGAAAAAAAUCAGUUUUUGAACCAAGCUCUGAAGCAGCACUUCCUGAGACUUGAGUCUAUACAAUUGUUUUUGUUAAUAUUUUGAGAACAAAUUUUUAAAUUUUAGUACAUAGCUGCAAAGUAAUGACAAGUUUAGGGACCCCCUAGAUUACCUUAGUUUUGGAAUUAAGGGAGGUCCUGGCUUUGAAUUCAAUUCCUUGAUUCACAUCAAACACCAAAAAUUAUUUUGUGUAUCAUUUUGUCCUUGUUAUACUGAGCCAGUUCACUUUACCUCUCACUUGCUGAGAGUCUUUGUAUUCACUGUUUGUUGACAUAGAGUAUACAGGCUGAACUGAUGAAUCCCAUGCUGGCCCAAGAUUGAUACAAGUACCUAAUAGAAAGUAGAUUGCUUACAAUCUUAGCAUAAAGAGGAACUUGGUAAAUCUUUGUAGGGUGAAGGAAUUAUGGAAAAGAGUAAUUUAAAUAUUGUGGGGAAGGACUCGGAGGAUGGGUAACCCAAGUCAAAGACCUAAAAGGAUGGAAAUUGGCAGCAAAAAAUGGGUGGAGUGGCCGUCUAGUUUGAUCUGAGCAGAGCAGGAAAGGUAAUUAGAAUGUUUACUGAGAUGAGUACACAGAUCCCAGGUGCUUGGAUGCAGGAGGCAUGUAUACAUAUAGAUAGAUAAACAGGAAACACACAUGAGUUUGAGGUGGAGGAGUGGGUGGUACUGGAUUUGGUGGUGAGUGGGGUCUGAUUGUUAAACCCAAAAGGACUAAGGAAGAGGUUGGUGUGGGUGCCGAGCUUCAGAAGUUGCAGGGACUGAUGUGUUCCUAGCUUUGUUCAAUGAAUUCUGGGCUUGGGGUGUGGGCUCCUCCCGUUCUGUCCUUUCUCCUGCCAUUGUUGGCCUUCCAGGUGGGAGCUGAAUGCCAUGACCACCAACAGCAAUAUCAGUCGCCCCAUCGUCUCCUCCCACGGAUAGGAGCAAGUUUCUGCGGUCUCCCUUCCUGAGCCUGCUGUUGUCUUCACUGCCCCUGCCCAUCUCUCACCUGCCUGUCCCUUUGGACCCUGGACUCAGUAUACCUCCACGUGGAGUCGUUGAACUUGAGGUGUUCUCUGUGCUGUGAAUUCAGUGGGGAGCCGUAGGGGGGGAGGGCUAGAUCCCUCCUCCCUCGGGCCGAGGGCCCCUUCCCCGUGGUGCUCUGUUCCCAUCCACCUCCCUCCAACUGCUCCCGGGCCUCUGCUCUGGCCGGGCCAGCCAGGUAGCCGGGCUGUGCCGCGAAGGGAAGGAGUGGGGAGAAGGGAGAAGCAAGCAGUGUCUUGAGCCUCGGGAGCUUCCCCUCCCCCGUGCCUGUCCCUCCCCUGCUUGAGCCUUGAGCAUUGAUCGGGAGCCGAAAGGAGUUGCAGCUGUUGGCAUGAAGCCUCCCUCUCCCCGAUCUGGGGAGGCGGGGACCAGCAGAUAAUCCCACCCUUCUGUGAGCUGUUGCUGUACCCCAAAGCUCAGCCAGCUCAAAUUUUAUAAAAAUAAAACCUCCGGACGUGUGGCGUGUUUUUAUGAAUGUCGCGGAGAUGGCAGGCCUCUGCAGUGGGGCAGGGUCUUGAGAGGGGCGCCGAGGUGCUGGCUUUUCGGUACGACUCAGGUGGGAGGUGGACCUCUGAGCGCUGUCUCGUGGGCGGGCAGGGUUCCUCGCGGGACACCGGAAGGGGCGGGGCUGGGGCCGCCGCGAGCGGAAGUGGUGCCAUUAGUCUUCGGAACGCCUCGGGAGCUGGAUGUGGAGAGCUGGUCCUAGCGACGGGGCUCCCGCCCGACGUCCCCGCGUGGCCGAGGAGGGCGGGGACGAUGUUGGGGAGCUGGAGUUAGGGGCCGCGGGUCGCGACCUACCGACGGGCACAUCUGACAUGUCAUUUGAGGAGCUGUUGGAAUUGCAGAACCAAGUGGGAACCAAGGCAUACAAACAGUUAGUAGCUGGAAACAGCACUAAGAAGCAAAGUUCUAGACAACCUUCAUGUGUUGCAGAUAAGCACAGGCCUCUGGAAAUGUCAGCCAAAGUCCGAGUGCCAUUCUUACGUCAUGUUGUCCCAGCCGGUAAGAAGGUAGCCCGGGAUCCCCGCUUUGAUGAUCUGUCGGGGGAAUAUAAUCCUGAGGUGUUUGACAAAACUUACCGAUUCCUGGAUGAUAUCAGAGCCAAAGAGAAACAGCUUGUGGAAAAGCAGUUGAAGAAGCACCGUUCAGGGGAGGAGCAUGAGAAACUGCAGCAGCUGCUUCAGCGAAUGGAGCAGCAAGAAAUGGCACAGCGGGAACGAAAGCGACAGCAGGAGAUGCGCCUGGCCUUGAAACAGGAGCGGCGAGCUCUGGCCCAGCAGGGCCAUCGGCCUUACUUCAUGAAGAAGUCUGAGCAGCGCCAGUUGGUCCUAGCUGAGAAGUACAAGGAGCUGAAACGCAGCAAGAAGCUGGAGAGUUUCUUGAGUCGAAAGAGACGUCGAAAUGCAGGCAAGGACAGAAGACAUCUCCCUUUGAGCAAAGAGUAAUAAGGAGCUGUCUUCUGUCUGCCACUGUCCCAGGGAGGCUUGAAUCUAUGGGGACAGACUUGGAGUUGGCCAGUUCUCCUGGUUCUUGUUCAAAAGCAAGGAUCACAGCUGCCCUUGAAUUAGGUUGGCUCAAGACUAGAGGGCUCUUGGACUUCCCCUCUACAGCUGAACAACAACUGUAGGUCAGCCUGCCAUGCCACACUGCCUCUGCUUGGAUCUGGUUCAUCACGUUCUCAUAUCCUUCCAUCUUUGCCUUAAACCAGUAGAGAAGAAAAGGGGACAUGGAAUCUGUUCAUGGUUCCAGGGCUGGGACUUCAUAUAGGAGCCACUUCAUAAACUUCUUGUUACUCAUCUUUUUAUCAUUCUGCUUAUUUAUUGGAGACCUAGAAGUGCUGUUUUAGUGGGCUAUAUACAAGGGUGAGCAACCAAGCCUAAACCUUUUGCAAAGGGGGAGGUCUGAUCAGAGAUCCCUCCUACUUAAAUCUGGACCAUGAAAAGAUGACUUGAUCAUUUAAAGAGUGAACCAGUCCCAUAACUCACUUGGCUUUGGAUACAGAAGUAAGAGGUGUUGUGUUUUUUUGUUGUUGCUGUGACAAAAUACC